AUGGAGAGUUCUCUUGGGAUUUUGUUGGUGCUAGUAACUAUGGCCAUCAUUCAUAUUGUUGAAGCUGAAGACCAAGGGUUCAUCAGUUUGGAUUGCGGGCUACCCGCGUAUGAACCGUUUCCUUAUAAAGAGACUCGUACUGGACUGUGGUUCUUUUCAGACGAAAACUCCAUACAGACCGGAAAAACUGGUCGAAUCAGAGAAAACCCUGAAGGAUUCGCGAAGCUAUACGAGACGCUAAGAUAUUUUCCGGAGGGAAUACGGAAUUGCUAUAAUCUGAGUGUGGAGAAGGGACGUACAUAUUUGAUCAGAGCUUCCUUUGUGUAUGGAAAUUAUGAUGGUCUUAACAAUAACCCCAAGUUUGAUCUGUAUGUUGGACCUAAUCUAUGGGCAAAUAUAAAUUUACAACUAGUGAAUGGUACACGGGAAGAGAUCUUACACAUCCCAACAUCAACCUCGUUGCAGAUUUGUCUUGUUAAGACUGGGGAAACUACACCGCUAAUAUCCACCUUGGAAUUACGGCCGAUGGGAAAUGGUUCUUAUAUCACAGACUCUGGCUCUCUGAAACUUUUCUUCCGUAGAUACUAUAGCAAGUCAGGAUCUAAUCUACGGUACUCCAACGAUGUCUAUGAUCGCAUAUGGAAAUCGGACUUUAAGAUGGAAUGGACCCAGAUUUCCACCGCUCUCAAAGUGAGCAAUUCCAACCAUUAUGUUCCACCGGAAGAUGCGCUAAGAAAUGCUGCCACGCCUACUAAUACCAGUGCACCAUUGACAAUUGAAUGGAGUUCGGAAAAUCCUGAUGACCAAUAUUACUUGUAUGAACACUUUUCUGAGAUCCAAGACCUGCAGGCCAAUGAAACCAGAGAAUUCAACAUUUUCUUGAACGGAGAAGUUUUCGCUGACCCUAUAAUUCCUAAGAAGUUAGAGACAAUUACUAGCUUUAGCGUGUCUCCAAGGACAUGCGAUAAAGGGGAGUGCAGUUUGCAGCUGGUAAGAACCAACAAAUCAACUCUUCCACCUUUACUUAAUGCUAUUGAAGUCUACACAGUUAUUCAGUUUCCGCAGUCCGAAACGGAUGAAAACGACGUGAUUGCGAUAAAAAACAUUGAAUCCACCUAUGGAUUGAGUAGAAUCAACUGGCAAGGCGAUCCAUGCGUCCCUCAACAGCUUAAGUGGGACGCUUUAAAUUGCAGGAACACGAAUAUGUCCAAGCCACCAAGAAUCACUUCUUUAAACUUGUCUUCAAGUGGUUUAAAUGGAACCAUAGCACUUGGCAUUCAAAAUCUUACUCAACUAGAAAAACUGGACUUGUCUAAUAAUAACUUGACUGGAGGGGUGCCGGAGUUUCUAGGCAACAUGAAUUCGUUGUCGGUCAUAAACUUGAGCGGGAACAAUCUUAAUGGUUCAAUUCCUCAAGCUCUUCAGAAUAAAAGAGGACUAGCGCUAUCUGUUGAAGGAAACCCAAACCUUUGUCUCUCUGAUUCAUGUAGAAAACCACCUAAGAAGAAAGUUCUGCUUGUGCCAAUUGUUGCAUCAGUUGCUUCUGCAGCCAUUGUCAUUGCUGUAUUGGUUCUUUUUCUUGUACUAAGAAAGAAAAAAUCAACGGCUGUAGAAGGUCUACACCUGCCACCAAGGAUGGCAACGGUGAAUGCUACAUUUGCUAAUUCACCUGAACCUUCAUUUGAUCAGAAAAGCAGAAGGUUCACAUAUUCAGAGGUUAUCAAAAUGACAAAUAAUUUCCAAAGAGUUUUAGGUAAAGGAGGGUUCGGCUUCGUGUAUCAUGGUACUGUAAAUGGUUCCCAAGUAGCCGUCAAAUUACUCUCUCAUCUUUCAACUCAAGGUUACAAACAAUUCAAAGCAGAGGUUGAUCUUCUUCUUAGAGUUCACCAUACAAAUUUGGUGAGCCUUGUCGGAUAUUGCUAUGAAGGUGAUCACUUAGCCCUCGUCUAUGAGUUUCUGCCCAAUGGAAACUUAAAACAACAUUUGUCAGGAAAAGGAGGUAAAUCCAUCAUCAACUGGGGUGUUCGACUACGAAUAGCCUUGCAGACUGCACUAGGAUUGGAGUACUUACAUAUUGGAUGCACACCGCCAAUGGUUCAUAGAGAUGUUAAAACGCCAAACAUAUUGCUAGAUGAGCAUUUCAAGGCCAAACUUGCCGAUUUUGGGCUCUCGAAAUCUUUCCAAGUUGGAGGUGGUGAAGCUCAUGAGUCAACUGUGAUUGCUGGUACUCUUGGAUACCUUGAUCCCGAAUAUUACAAUUCAGGCCGGCUAGGUGAGAAGAGUGAUGUCUACAGUUUCGGGGUCGUGUUGUUGGAGAUGAUCACAAACCAGCCCGUGAUCUCUGAAAAGUCUCAUAUAACAGAACGGGUUGGCAAUAAGCUUGAUCGAGGUGAUAUUCAUGAGAUCAUGGAUCCAAACCUUUGCAGGGUUUAUGACUCUAAUUCUGCAUGGAGAGCUCUUGAGCUUGCAAUGUCAUGCACAGAUCCUUAUUCUGCAAACCGACCAACCAUGUCCCAUGUCAUUAUCGAGCUAAAAGAAUGUCUUGUGUGUGAGAACUCGAGGAUAAGUAAAGACCGAGGCUUGGAAUCUCAAGAGAUGACCAUUAACUUGGACACUUCGGAGGUUCCUGGAGCAAGAUAG